AUGUAAAAUUAAUAUUUUGUGAAAGGGUUAGGAUUUGCUUAAAGGCAGGAGCCUCAAGAAACCAGAUCAUACGGGAGAAUAAAAAAGAAUCCAUAUUCUGCCUAUAAUAAUAGAAGUUACAAUUUAGUAAGUGGAUAUUUUUGAAUUUAGAAUUAUCGUGAUCUCAGGAUUUGCAAUGAUCGCUUUAAGAGGUUAAUAUAAAUUGUGAAUAAUGCAAUAAAAAAUUAAGCAGCUACGAUGUUUAAAUAUUUGAGGUAAUUUAAUUUGUAAUGGUAGCAUUUAUGUUCAAAAUAAAUAACAAGAAGAAAUCAAAGCAUAGUAGAGAGUGAUACAGGAAGGUCUGUUACGAUUUUAACAUGCAAUAUCAUUAUACAAUUAACGGUUGAAAUGUUUGGGCUUUUUCCGUUUGGCAAAAGUUGACGUGGUAUCUCAUUUGAAAAAAGAGCUAAGAAAGUAAAUAUCCUAAACUUAACAACCAAUAACUCAUCAAAUCUUCAGGAAAUGGAUGCAGCUAACCUUUGAAUCAAAAUUCAAUAAGCUAUUAAAAUAACAAAAUUUGAAUAUGAUAAGGUUUUACAAAUUUACUUUAAGUAAAAUCCUAAUAAAGCAAGAGACUUUAAAGGCAUGGAGUUUCAAUAAAUUAAAAACUGCGCGUCGAAAAUAAAUCAUAAAUAAAUUAAUAACUAACAUAGGUUUAUAGCAAUUGCGAUUGAGCUUGUUUGAUUCCGAAUAAGCAACCUAUCAAUAUCUAAAGUAGCCUCAAAAAUUAGAAACAAUAAUCGCCUUCUAAAAGUUAAAGCAUUUUUAAUAUUUUAAUUCCAAUCAGCAUUAUUUUUUAUUAAUUUUCACGAAUACCAUCAGUAACAUCAUUACAUUACAUAAGAUAGUAAAAUAAAUGCAUUGAGAACUUUGUUCAUAUCAGCCAUUAAGACACUAGGUCCAGAAGCUAAUCAUACAGUACCUAAAGAGUAAUUACAAUAAUUUGACAUUGAAUUAGCUAGAUAAUCUGUGCACUCUAAAUUGGAGCAUUAAAAAUUGCUGCAAAGAUAGCAGAAACAAAUAGAUUAAAAAUCUCACAGAGAAAUUUGUGAAGUAGUGAAAUAUUUAGUCAACAAACAACUCUAUCCUAUAUUUUAUUAAAUAAAAGGAUUGAAAUAGACUUAAGACACAGAGGUUUAGGAUGGAACCGUUAAGAAUUAAGUAAAAUAUCAUCUUAUUCAAGAGUGUUAUAGCAGCAAGACUGAGUUAAAAAAUAAAAGCCAAAAAUGCAAAAUCAUAAAAACUUGAGCUAACAUAUCGAAUAGAAUAGAUCUUUCGUAGAAAUUAUCAGAAUGAAUAAGAAAUUUUAAGGAAGAAAUUUAGACAAUGGCAAAUCAACAUUACUUUUCCUACUUCUAUGUAUCAAGAUUUUGAAAUCAGAUUGAGAGUCUUAAGAAACGAAAAGGUUAAUUAAUUAUAUUAAUAAAUAGGAAGCGAUCAUGAAUGAUAUUGAACAAUUAGAAAUACUUAAUAAUGAGCUACUAAUGACAAUGAAUUAGGUCAAAAAAACAUUUUUAUCUGAAGAAUCUAAUUUUAACACUUCUCAUAAGAAUGAAUAAAAACAAAUAGAAAUACAACGAUUUGAUAUCCAAGAAAAUUUGACGUCAUAAAAAGAAUUCAAGAUAGCUUUUGAAUAUGUGGAUUAUUUAAAAGAAGAUGUAAAUUAAAAUAAUUAUAUUUAGAACAUUAAUUUAAAAAAACAAGUGUAAAAGAAUGAAUAAUUGAUGAUUGAAGAAAUCUAAUAACUAGAAUAAUAAUUACAAGUAUAAAUUUAUUGUAUUUUACUUUAGGAGCUCGAAAAAGAAUUAGAAAAUUGA